GUGAGCUCACGCGUUCCUUUUGCCCUUCUUGGAUUUUCUUCAUUCAUUCUCUUUGCCUCAUUCUAUAAAUAACCACACAAUCUAAAACUCAAGCAAAUAUAGAGUGAAUUUUGUUUCGGCCUCGGAUACAAACCAAGACCCUCAAAGCAGAGCAAUCAAAACAUAAGGUAGCAUUUGUACCUAGUACCUUCCUAAUUGAAACAGAGAGUUUAUAAAAGAUGUGUUUGGUGUUUGUGUGCGACGAGGAUGAAAAGGUGCUGGCGAGGCAACCAGCACCAGGCGCGUGUCCUUACUGUGGAGGGAUGGUUCAAGCUAUUGACGUAGAGAGUCAGUGGAGGUUCUGUUUUUUACCCUUGUGCUAUAAGAUCAAGCGUAAAUACUACUGUACCAUGUGUAACAGGCGACUAGAGGUGCUGUAACUGUAAAGGAGUGAUCAUAUGCAGUGCACCUUCGUCAUCGAAGAUCUGUGUUUUUGUUUUUUUUUUUUUUCUUUCUCCUUCGCAUCAAUUUGCAAAUACCAUUAAUUUUUUGAACUACCUGUUUUUGUUUUUUGAGUUACAUGUAGGGUGCAUAGAGAAAAAAAAUAGAGAUAAGUUAAUUGUGGGUCUCACAUUUUAAAUUAAAAAAGAAAAGAAAAAUUAAUUGGCACAGAAAAUGAAUUUGUGUAGGAAAAAGUUCUUAUC